GCCUUCCCACAAACCCUUGCGCGGUCGCGGCCAAGAUGGCGGCGCUGGGAAGCGGCGGGACGCGAUGGCGGCGGGCCUGGCUGCCCGCCCUGCAGCUGCUGCGGCGCGGCUCCAAGGCGGUGACGCGGCACUGGAAGGCCGUGCCCUUCCCGCGGCAGAAGCUGCUGGCCCUGACCGAGUACCUGCCCCCGCGGCCGGCCCUGCCCCCGCGCUGCCUGCCCCGCCUCGCCCCCCGGGCGCGCCAGGAGGACGGCUACGCGCGGGUGCUGCGGGGCCAGCUGGAGGACACGCUGCGUGCCAGCCGCAUGGUGGCCGUGUGCCACUACAACUCCAUGGCGGACGAGGACGUGGCCACGCUGCGGCACUUCCUGCGCCGGCACGACAUCCACGUCAAGUUCGUCCUCAACGAGGUUGCCCGGCCGGUGCUGGCGCAGUCCAAGCUCCGGAACCUGCUGCCGCUGUUCGUGUGCCGGAACAUCCUGCUGGUGAGCCCGGAGCCGCGGGCCAGGGAGAUGCUGCGAGUGCUCAAGGGGGUGCCACAGGUCAACCUGCUGGGCGCCUGCAUCGACGACACGAUCCUGAGCCGCCAGGGGGUGGAGAACUUCGCCCGGCUGCCGUCCCUGGAGGUGUCCCAGGGGCAGACGGUGGCAGCCCUGUCCCUGCUGUCCUCCCAGACCUCGUCCCUGCUCCAGCGGGGUCCCGCUCACCUCACGGCGCUCCUGGACGAGCACAUCCGGCGGCUGCGGGACACCGGCGGAGCCACGGAGCCUCCCCCGGGCCAGAGCGCCGGGAGUCGCUGAUGCUGGAAACUGGGAACCAGUUCCUUGCCUGGCCGUGGGGAACGGGGAGCCCCCCCCCUGGAUGAGGGAUUCAAGGAUCAUGGACACAAUUCCCAUGGAAUUCUCCAGCUCCACAGAGUGGGGGGGUCAGGGACUGGAGGUUUGACUCUGAGGGUUUUGUGCCCCCAGUCCCGACAGGGAGUCGUGGCCAUUCCCUUGUGCUCCCUUGGGAUCAUCCCAGCAGCGUUCCAGCUGUGGUCAGGGAUCUCUGGGAUCAGCCAGAGGAGGAGGAGGAGCACGGGAUGGACCCUCCAGAGGGGAUUUUGGGCACUCCAAGCCCCGUGCCUUCGGAAUGGGGGUGUGCUGUAACACUGAUCCCACUUGGGAUCGCUGUCCUGUCCAUUAAAGUGUCUGUGUGGA